GUUUGUUUUGAUUUCUGAAUGUUGUCUGUAUGCUAAGUGGUAUCAACUUUACGGCACCUUCAUGUAUAAAGUAUUAUUUCAUUGACAUUCUCUAAUAUUCAACCGAAUGACCGAUCAAUCACUGAUGUAUGCUGGAAAAAGUCUGCUUGAUUUGGCUUAUAAAUUGUAGCUGGUAAAUGGUAACAUACUUGUGCUGUUAGGUGCCUCCAAAUCUGAAUGGAAUCAAAGGAUUCAAAAGAACCAAGAGCCGAACUACGAUGGUGCUGGUGGCUAGGUGUCUCUGUGUUCGCUGUUCUUGUUGUGACUGCAGCUUUUCUAACCCUGUGGAAGGAUUUUCACUUCUUUCACUUCAGGAAAUCUCAUGAUCACGGCAUAGUUGUUGAUAAAUAUGUCGAUGCUCUCAACAUUGCCAUGCAAUUCUUUGAAAUUCAAAAAUCUGGAAAACUGGUUGAAAAUGGGAUUCAGUGGAGAGGAGAUUCGGGACUGUAUGACGGGAAAGAAGAUAACUUGGACCUGUCAAAAGGAAUGUAUGAUGCUGGGGACACCAUGAAGUUUGGAUUUCCAAUGGCUUUCACUGCAACAGUUUUGUCUUGGGGCAUUUUAGAGUAUGAGGAUCACAUGAAAAAAGCGCAGCAGUUGGAUUAUGCUCGAGACUCCCUCAAGUGGAUCACUGAUUACCUAAUUAAUGCCCAUCCCUCAGACAACAUACUCUAUAUUCAGGUUGGUGAUCCAGGAGUAGACCACGCAUGCUGGGAAAGACCUGAAGUGAUGACUGAGCGAAGGCCUCUAACACAGGUCAAUGAAUCUUUUCCAGGAACAGACAUUGCCGCGGAAACAGCAGCAGCUAUGGCUUCAGCAUCAUUAGUUUUCAAGAAAGUCAAUUCGACUUACUCUAAAUUGCUUCUGAAGCAUGCCCAACAACUCUUCACUUUUGCUGACCAAUACCGGGGUUCUUACAGUAUAAGUGUUCCCAAAGUACAGAACUUUUACAAUUCUAGCAAAUUUGAGGAUGAACUUCUGUGGGCUGCUUCAUGGCUCUAUCACGCAACAGAAGAUCCGAUGUACCUUAAUUAUGUAACUGUACGAAAUGGCAAUUCAUAUGCUAAUUGGGGAAAUCCUACAUGGUUUUCAUGGGAUAACAAGUUAGCUGCAACUCAGGUUCUGCUGUCUAGGAUCAGCUUCUUUGGUCCAAAAGAGAUACCAGACGAAGAAAAACUUGGCCUUCAGAUGUACAGUAAAACGGCUGAGUAUGUGAUGUGUUCAAUCCUACCUGAUUCACCAACAAAAACAACUAAAAUGACAGAUGGUGGCAUGCUAUGGGUUGAUGAGUGGAACUCUCUGCAGUACUCUAUCGCCACAGCAUUUCUAGUAGUUGUUUAUAGUGAUUACAUGCUUACUUCCAAGACACCUACUCUGUACUGCAGUGGUAAAUUAUACAACGCAACAGACCUCCGCAAUUUUUCCAUCUCACAAGCUGAAUACUUGCUAGGCAACAAUCCAAUGAGCAUGAGCUACCUUAUCGGAUACGGAGACAACAAUCCUCAGUACAUACAUCACAGAGGUUCCUCAAUUCCGGUGAAUGCCACAACAGGCUGCAAAGACGGCUUCAAGUGGCUCAACUCCACAGACCCGAAUCCAAAUGUAGCAUUCGGAGCAGUGGUGGGAGGGCCAUUUUUCAAUGAAACAUAUGUAGAUUCCAGAAACAACUCCAUGCAGGGUGAACCAACAACUUACAAUACUGCUCUUCUUGUUAGUCUUUUAUCUGGACUGCUCACAACUUCUUCAGUUGUCAAGUCUCUUAAAUGAUGCAGAUCAUCCAGCAUACUUGGACAGUGUAUAAACAGGAGUAUUAAUCAGUAGUAGACUUGUAACAGAUUAGAAGCAAACUCUUGUCUUCUUGUAUAUAGUACCUCACAAUUAUAAGCAACAGAGCAUCUGCCUACGUAAGAAACAAAAACAGAGUAAAUUUAUCCGUAUUUCUUGCUGAAUU